AUGCUCGCCGCGCCCAGGGGUGCAGGGGAUGCGGGACGUCGAGGGGAAGAUGCCCGCCGGGGGCGGGGGGCGUGCGAUGCGCUGUGCGCACAGCCCCCUCCCCCGGUGCAGGACGAGCCCCUAUAUAUACCUGGGGGAGCGCCCGCCGCCGAGCCUCGGCGUCCCGGGAUGGAGCAGGACCCCUUCUCCUCCAGCCUCAACCUCUCUGCCCCCGCCCCCACCCCGUCCUUCUCCGGCCCGGGGGCCGCCUGGGCGGGCUCGGUGCUGCUGCUGGCGCUGGUGGGGAACGGGCUGGUGCUGCGGGGGCUGUGCGGGGCCCGGCCCAGCCGGCGGCGGGACAUGCUGCUGGGACACCUGGCGCUGGCUGACCUGGCGGGCUGCGGGCUGGCGCUGCUGCCGCGGCUGGCGUCCGAGGGGCUGCUCGGGGGGGCGGCCACCGCCGCUUCUCCUCUGAGCCCCGCUGCCUGCCGCCUGCUGCCGGUGCUGCAGCGCUGCGGGCCGCUGGCGUCGGCGCACGGGCUUGUGCUGCUGGCGCUGGAGCGGCACCGGCCGGGGCUGCCCGCCCGAGGGCUGGCCGCUCUGGGCUGGCUGCUGGCGCCGCUCCUCGCCCUGCCCCAGGCGUUCGCCUUCCGACCGGCCUCUCGCCAAGGCGGGACCCGCUGCCGCAGCGUCUUCGAGGACCCGCCGCGUUGGCACGGUCUGGCCUUCGCCGUCUACGGGGCGGCCACCGCCUUCCUGGCCCCCGCCGGACUGCUGGGCUGGGCCUGCGCCCGCAGCCUGGCACCCCUCGGGGCCGCCCGACGGCAGCGGCGGCGGAGGGGGCGGUGGCUGCCCACGGCGAGGAGCGGCGGCGGGGGCCUGCCCCGGGGGCGGGCGGUGAGGCUGCCGCUGGUGCUGACCGCACUCUUCGCUCUCUGCCGCCUGCCCCGCUGCGCCGCCGAGCUGGGGCUGGCCUCGGUACCCGGCGGCGGGCGGCAGGAGGCGCUGGCGGCAACGGGCAUCGUGGAGGUGGCCAGCAGCGCCCUCAACCCCUUCGCCUGCCUGCUGCUCCACAGCCGCCUGCGCCGGGGGCUCCGCGGCGCCGGCUCCAAGGCCACCGCCGCCGCUUGCUGCUGCCCCGGCAGCGGCGGACAAGGGCGGCGCUGGGCAACCCUCCGCCGGCCGCUCCGUCGCCGCGCCGGUGCAAGGAGUACCACCGGUACCCGCAGCUACCCUGGCACCUCGGACAUCCCCGGCGCUCCGGGCACUCCCCGUAUCCGCGGCAUCCCGGACAUCCCUGGCAGCAGCAGCUCUCCUGGUACCCCGGGCACCCCCGGCAACCGCGGCAAGCCGGGGGACACCUCCGGCACCCCGGACGUCCCCGGUACCCGCGGCAACCUGGGCACUUCCGGCAUCCCGGGCACCCGUGGCAUCUCCAGUACGCCGGGCAGCGCCGGUACCCCCGGCAGCCCCGUUCCCACGGGCUCUCCUCCCGGGAACGGGGAAGGGACACGGCUCGGAAGCAUUUGAUGAGCGGCCGUGCCCG